AAGAAAGAUGAACGAACCCUAACCUCACCAUUGUUUCUCUUCUCUCGAAUCAACGGUCACCGUCGCCGUCUCUUCUCUUCACCACCGUCUCUCUCGUUUCUUGUCUCAUAUCAACACUUAAUCGGCCAUGGACGUGCCUGCAAAUAGAGAAUGGAUGUAUAAUAGGGUUCUACCUGAUGGAGUGGGACUAACAAAUACCUUUUAUGAGGGUGUUGAAUUUUUUAUUUUGCAUGCUUGUGGAUUAGAUCAAUUUAAGAAUGAAGGAACAAUUAGAUGCCCAUGUUUGAUAUGUGAUUGUAGAAGAAGUAAAACUCCAAAUGAAGUGAUGAAUCACUUAUAUAAGAAAGGAUUUAGGAAAAAUUAUUUUUAUUGGACAUCACAUGGGGAAGAAAGACCUGCAUCGAUUCCUAUAACACAUCCUCCACCAUCUGUUUAUGGGCGAAGUGGUUGUGGAGAAAACUUAAGAUCAUAUGAGAGGAUGGUAAUGGAUGCAGCAGGUCCAAGUUUUGCUGACAAUCAUGAACAAAGUAUGGAGGAGACACCUAAUGACAAGACUCAAGCUUUCUUUGACCUUUUGUCUGCAGCUCAAUCACCUUUGUUUGAGGGGUGCACUAGUCACUCGGAGUUGUCUGCUUCGUUACAAUUGCUUACGAUUAAAGCGGAGCAUAAUAUAUCUCAAGAAGCUUUUAAUAAAAUUGUAGAUUUUUGUAAGGAAGCUUUGCCCUCUGAUAAUUGUAUGCCACCAAAUUAUUAUAGACAAAAGAAGAUGGUUGAAAGAUUGAGUUUGAAUUAUGAAAAAAUUGAUUGUUGUGUGAACGGGUGUAUGUUAUUUUACAAUCAUGACAUUAAUGAGAAAAGUUGUAGAUUUUGUAAAGAAGAACGAUAUACGUUGAAGAAAACUAGUUGUAAUAAGGUGAAGGAGGUGGCAAGGAAACGAAUGUGGUACUUGCCUCUUGCACCGAGGUUGCAAAGAUUGAAUGCUUCUCCAGCCACAUCUAGUAAUAUGAGAUGGCAUGCAGAAAAUGUUCCUGAGGAUGGUGUCUUAAUUCAUCCAUCUGAUGGCGAAGCAUGGAAACAUUUUGAUCGAACAUAUCCAAACUUUGCUGCAGAAACACGAAAUGUAAGACUUGGUUUAUGUUCAGAUGGAUUUAGUCCAUUCAAUAUUUCAGGUAAGCCUUAUUCAUGUUGGCCUGUGAUUGUUACUCCUUACAACUUGCCUCCUUCAAUGUGUAUGAAAGAAGAGUAUCUAUUUUUGACGUUGAUCAUUCCUGGGCCUAAGAAUCCUAAGGGAAAAAUAGACGUCUUCUUGCAACCAUUGAUAGAUGAGCUUAAACUGUUGUGGCAUACGGGUGUAACCACAUAUGAUGUCUCGCUGUCCCAAAAUUUCCAAAUGAAAGCUGCCUUGAUGUGGACCAUCAAUGAUUUUCCAACUUAUGGCAUGUUGUCAGGAUGGUCUACGGCGGGUAAGUUAUCAUGUCCUUACUGUAUGGAACAAACAAAGGGUAAGAUUCUUACUUAUGGUAAAAAGGCAUCAUUUUUCGAUUGUCAUCGACGAUUUUUGCCAAUGGAUCACCCAUAUAGAAGGAAUAAGAAUAACUUUACCAAAAAUAAGCAAGAAUAUGCACCCCCACCACAAUUUAGGUGUGGUGAUGAAGUUUGGGAACGAGUAUCUGUGAUACCUAAGGCUCCUGAAAGUGAACUUAGACGCCCAGAUGAUUAUGGAGAAAAACACCAUUGGACCAAGCAAAGCAUAUUUUGGGAUUUGCCAUAUUGGCGAACAAACCUCAUCCGACACAAUUUAGAUGUCAUGCAUGUUGAGAAGAAUGUCUUUGAUAAUGUGUUCUAUACUGUUAUGGACAUAAAGGAAAAAACAAAAGAUAAUGUAAAAGCAAGAAGAGAUAUUCACGAUCUUUGUAGGCGUCCAGAGUUGGAGCUUGUUGAUUUGGGAAAUGGUAAAGUCAAAAAGCCUACAGCGCUAUACACUUUGAGUGCAUCUCAAAGAAAAUGUGUGUGUGAGUGGGUUUUGCAAUUGAAAUUUCCUGACGGCUAUGCUUCAAACAUUCGAAAAUGUGUGGAUUUAAGAACAGGAAAGCUACUCGGGAUGAAGAGCCAUGACUGUCACAUUUUCAUGGAGCGAUUGCUUCUCGUUGCAUUCAGCUCAUUACCAGAAAAGAUUUGGAAUCCUCUAGUUGAGUUGAGCCAUUUCUUUAGAGAGCUUUGUUCAACUACAUUAAAGGCUGAUCACUUGGAGCAAAUGGAAAAAAAAUAUGCCAAUCAUAUUGUGCAAGUUAGAACGAAUAUUUCCCCCGGGUUUCUUCAACUCAAUGGAACACGUACCAAUUCACUUAGCAUUAGAAGCAAAACUGGGCGGGCCUGUGCACUAUCGCUGGAUGUAUCCGUUUGAAAGGUUCCUCCAUACUUUAAAGGAUAAAGUUGGAAAUAAAGCACGUCCAGAAGGAAGCAUUUGUGAAGCUUAUAUUUUACAAGAGACAGCUACAUUUAGUUCAUACUAUUUUGAGUCUCAUAUUCGGUCAAGAAGAACUAGAGUGCCAAGAAAUGAUGAAGGUUGUGAAGAUCAAUUGGUUCAGCCUAUAUCCAUUUUUAAUCAACAUGGCCGAGCAGCAGGGCUACAAAGGCGCAAAAUUAUUGAAGAGAAAGAAAAGAAUGCAGCUCAUUUGCAUGUACUUUUAAAUUGUGAAGAGGUUGAGCCAUAUCAAGAUUUAUUUGUGGAAAAUUUAAAGUUAGUUAGGCCAAACAUUAGUGAUGUAGAUGUUGAUCGGUAUAUUGAAAAUGAAUUUCCAGAGUGGUUCAAACAUCAUGUGCAUCAAUCAAACAACACAACUCAUAGUCAAUUUAUACACGACAUUGCUUGGGGGCCAUUGAAUAUAGUUUACACAUGGCCUAUUUAUUUUGUCAAUGGCUUUAAGUUUCACACAACAUCA